UGCCACCAGCCCUGGGGGCUGCGCGCCUCCCUCCGCUUCCUCGGAGCCGCGCUCCACCCGCCCGGGCCGGAGCCCUGAGUGCGGAUCAGAGCCGUGAGCGCAAACCGGAGCCGUGAGCGCGGAUCAGAGCCGUGAGCGCAAACCGGAGCCGUGAGCGCGGAUCGGAGCCGUGAGCACAAACCGGAGCCCUGAGCGCGGACCGGAGCCGCCGCCUCGCCCUGCCCGCGCCGCCCCCGCUGCCCCUCCUCGCCGCGGGGCGCCCGCAGCGGGACACGCGCGCAGUAAAUAUUCGAAUCUACCUUGGAUCCUGCCACAAAACUGCAGUUUCUAUUGCCUUGAGCAGCCUAGCCUCCAGCCUCAAGCAUUCCAGUGAAACUACGGGAGACCUGGGCAAGGCCACACAGAGCUCCCACAGGUGUAGCUGAGCGCAGUCAGGAAUGUGCCAUGUCCAGACCAGCAUUACAGAACGGGGACCUCGUUUGCUUGACUGGUAGAUGCAGGAGGUGAAAGUGAUCCAACGUUUGGAGCUGACAGCUAGAAAACCUCCAGCAGACAUUUUUGGUGCCCUAGGUGUCCAGCCAGGGUUUGAAGAGAUCAUGUUGUGACUUCUUCCAGUGCUCCUUCCUCAUGGAAACGAGGACACGUGGUAGGGAAGAGUUUGUCUGUCACCUGAGUUAGAGGGCAGCCGUAGCACAGAAGGAACAGAGCUGGUAAGCCCAUGCUGGACUUCAGAGGCACUCCUGCUAAACUUCCUCAGUACUGAUGUAUCCCAACAAAAUAUGUCUGCUUCAGAAAACCAGCAUGUUUUCUUUUUUUUAAAGACAUUAUUUGAAUUAAAAAAAACAAUGAACCCUUCUGCUAAAUCCACACUGCAAGAGCUUUAUGGGGAGGUGUAAAAAUCCACAGAAACUGGCAACAAUCUUUCACUUAAACCUUCAAGAAGAAUUUAGUAAACAUUAAUUUAUUAAACAUGUUACAACAUAACACUACAUAAAAUUUUGUUCCUUGGUCUUAUUCAUAGCAUUAUUUUACCUUAUCCAGGGCAGAAAAAGUUAUGUAGUAGAAAUUUCAGCAGAUUUGGAAAGUCUCUGUGGUGCACAUACCAAUUUCAGUUAGUUACUAGCAACUCAGAAAUUAGCUCAGAAAAAUUAAAUAAAAAACUAUUUACUUCAUGAGCUCAGAGUUGUAUAAAGAGAAAUCAAAAUGAAAACUUCUGAUUGUAUCAAUGUAGAGACAGAGAGAUUAGAUCACUUACCAAAUCUCUAGUCUGCUCCUUUCAAGUUGGUCUAGAGGCAAAGGUAGACUCAGAUAUCAUUACUUGUCUGUUAUAUGGUUUUCCACCAUUUCAUUAAAGACUAGAAGAAACUGAACAGAAAUAAUAUGCAUUAAUGCCUCUCUGCUCAUAUACACACAAUUGUAAUAUUUCGGUUAUCUAAUUUCAUGUAUUCAGUUCAUAAUUCAGUUUUAGCUGUUAAAAAGCACUUUAAUGUUGAGGCAAAUUGGGAAGGCUGACUUUUUUUCACCUCUUUCCAACAUUUUACCUGCAAGAUCUUUUCAUAUAUAUAUUUCUACUCUUACUUGGAGGAUCUUCACAUCACAAUACAGUGAGUGAACAUUCUCAGGUUGUUUUAUGGUUUGAGCUUCCCUUUGGCUCAAAUCAUAGGAACACACAUGAUGUGAAGGAAGGAGCAUAUCUGCAUGUGUGGAGGGAGCCAAAUAAUAUUAUUGCACUUUGAAAAUGUCAGCAUGGUACAGCUCGCUGAGGAUUGCUACAGUCUCAAAGAGCCCUGCCUUUUUAGGUGACAGAUAUAGCUUUCUGCUGUGUUGACAUAAGCUUUGGGUUUGUAGAUCUUUUUUGUUUUCUCUUAUGCAAGAUUUCUAAACAUUAAGCAGUUUUGUACAGGACGUUGGCACUCUGGGGAAUUUUGACUUUGAAAUUCUAGUACAUGCAAGUGUUUAAGAUAAAUGGAGGUUUGAACUGAAGUCUCAUGUCUUUCUGUUUGUUCUGAAAUGAAGACUAAUAUAUGAAGAUUCAGUAGGCAGAAUAACUUUGUGCUGAGCUAGGUUUAACACUAGAUGAUUCUGUGCUGAAUAAGUAGCAGUUCACUGAAUUUUCAAAUGGCUGUGUGGAGUUUGUCUCCAGUUAACACUGUCCUCUCUAUAUUACAUCCAAUUACUUUAGCUGUUUUUUAGUUUUCCUUUCUGCUUGAGCACAGUUAAACUAUAUUCAGCACUCAGUGGAAGAUGUUUUCUAUACACACAUCAGGAAUUCCAUCUUGGAUUACUGACAAUGGAUUUCCUGAUCCUUUUUGAAAGCUCUCACCUGUUUUUUGUUAGUUGUCUACUGGCAAGGUAAGAAACAUUACUGCAGUUGUUAGCAUAUGCAUUUUCAGGUGCCUUCUUUAUAAUUUGCAAUGAUAUAAUGAUUAGCCAUCUGCCCAGAUGGUGACUGUCAUUUCCUUACUCAUAUCAAUGGGCUGUUAUUCACGUGAGUAAUCUCACCAACUCGAGGUGUAUUGCUUUUGUAGCUAACUGUUCCCUCAUGGAAAGCCUGACAAUAUGUUCUGCAGCAGAACACAGUUAAAAGGCAGCAUCAUAAUGGAGACCUGUAAAUUGCCAUUCUCCCACGUGAGCAUCUAGGUAGGAGUCCUAGGAGGGCUGAACACCAAAUGAUAAAAUCUACUUAGCUAAUUCAUAUUGACCUGAAGUUAUCUGCCUCACAGUAGAGUAACAUCAAUAGUAAUUUAUUUGCAUUGAGGUAAAAGGUAAAUUUAUGUAUUUUUACAUUCUGAUUAACAUCAAUAUCAUAAUUUCUUCAGAUGCUAAUUAAUGACUUUCUCGUUCUAAGCAGGACUGUAAAAUGGAUUUAGAAUUCAAAGACCGUACCAACAGCACACAUACCAAGAACACCUCUGCUGCAACAAAGAAUUUUUCUGCCUGGGAAGACUAUAAGAGUAGUGUUGAUGACAUGCAGUACUUUCUCAUUGGGCUGUACACACUUAUAAGUCUGGCUGGCUUUGUGGGAAAUCUACUUAUACUAAUGGCCCUACUAAAGUGCAAGCAGAAGACAGUAAUAAACAUUCUCAUUGGAAACUUGGCCUUUUCUGACAUCUUGGUUGUGCUGUUUUGUUCACCUUUCACGCUGACAUCCGUCCUGCUUGACCAAUGGAUGUUUGGCACUGUCAUGUGCCAUGUAAUGCCCUUCCUCCAGUGUGCCUCAGUCCUAGUUUCAACUUUGAUGCUAAUAUCUAUUGCUGCAGUCAGGUACCGUAUGAUAAAGUAUCCCCUCUCCAGCAAUCUCACAGCAAAGCAAGGCUAUUUCUUAAUAGUGAUCGUUUGGGCCUUUGGCUUCACAAUUUGCUCCCCUCUGCCAGUUUUCCAUAAAACCGUGGACCUCAGCAAAACUCUGAAUUUGGAGGGACUGGAGAACAGGCUGCUGUGCAUCGAGUCCUGGCCCUCUGAUUCCUACAGGAUCGCCUUCACGAUAGCCUUGCUGUUCAUGCAGUACAUCCUGCCGCUGGCGUGCCUCACCGCCAGCCACACCAGCGUCUGCAGGAGCAUAGGUGCUAGGCUGUCAAACAAGGAAAACAAGUUGGAAGAAAAGGAGAUGAUAAACCUAACUCUUCAUCCCUCUAAGAGUGCUGGCACACAGGUUCAACCCUCCAGAUAUUCCAGGUGGAGCUGUGCCUUUGGCAGAAGGCACCACAGAAGAUACAGUAGAAAGACUUCAAGUGUGAUGCCAGCUAUUUCAAGGCAUCAUCAGGAUACUCAUUCCAGAGAUCACCCAGAAACCUCUGACACAGAAAAAAGCCAGCUCUUUUCCUCCAGUAAAUUCAUCCCUGGGAUCCCUAUCUGUUUUGAAAUGAAACCAGAAGAAAACACAGAGAUCCAGAACAUGAUUACAGUAUCCCAGUCCAUCAUAAGAAUUAAGACAAGAUCGAGGAGGGUUUUUUGCAGACUGACAGUGCUAAUACUAGUUUUUGGCUUCAGUUGGAUGCCUCUUCACCUUUUCCACAUUGUCACAGAUUUUAAUGCCACUCUCAUUUCCAACAGGCACUUUAAAUUAGUAUAUUGCAUAUGCCAUUUGUUGGGUAUGAUGUCCUGCUGCUUGAAUCCCAUCCUCUAUGGGUUUCUUAACAACAGCAUAAAAGCUGAUUUAAUGUCCCUUAUUCCGUGCUGCCAAAUACCAUGAUUUUAUGUGCCCCAAGAUAAAGUAAAACAAACAAGUAUGGCUUUCAAGCCUAGUGGUGUGUAUAGCUGUAAAAGCUCAAUUAGUUUAGUUUAGUUAGUGUGAGUUGGUUGUGAUUGGUAGCAUUUUUUUGUGGAUGGACAGUUCUAUGGCUGCAUGUAUUUCUUGCAUUGGGCAGAAAUAUAUGCAUAUGUUAUAAUAUUCUUUUAUCUGUUACAUGUAGGAAAUCAUGCUCAGUGUACAAAACCACAACACCAUUUUCAUUACCCAAAUUGUUGGCAACCUGUACUUUGGAAUUAUACAGAAUAUAUAAUGAGUAAUAAAUGUGAGACAGACUGCUUAGACAUGUCAGUAUUAACUGUCAUAAAACUACAAUAAAAUACAUAUAAUUUACUAAAUAAUUAUUGUUGAGAUUAUUUCAGUGCCAGCUUUGACUGUUUUCUAAUAUAAUUAAAUCUCUCUGGAUGUUAUUAGGAAAAUAUUUUUCCUUAGUUCUUUGACUCAUAGUUUGCAAUAUCUUUGCAAGAUACUUUGCUGCUUAUUCCUUGGUUGCCUUAUUCCCUGAAAUGGGUUUGAGGGUCAUUGUUCUUGCCUUGAUUGUUUCCAUCCCACUGUACUUA